AUGUCCGACUCCGAGAAGUGCUUCACCUUCCUCCGCGACAACAUCCCUACCUGGCUAGAGGACUUACAACGCAUCGCGACGAAGAUAGAGGAGAAGCAAGAUGAGAUCGCCAAGGUCCCCGUCGUCCACAAAGUAGUCAAGAAGACAGGGUCUACCGAGACCCUGAAGGAAGGGAAAGAGGCUCUUCUUGAGCAGGAUGGCACCGACGCCGCAUCGCCUGCCCCGGCCCAACCACACAUCCCCAAUCAGGCCGAGAGACAAGCCCUGGCCAACGCCAAUCGCAAGCGCAAGACCGCGUCUGUAUUGUCCAAGGCGUCCGGCCCGAACAAAUACCGGACCCGGAGCAUGAUUGUCGUCUACUACGAUGCAGAAGUCCAAAAGGCGUUUGAGACGCUGGUGCGGAACAUUGGAAUGGGCAGGAAUAUGCUGCGGAAGGGCAAGAUGGCCGCACGCAUGGAGGCCAUGUCUGCGGAGACUCAGGACAGCGACGACGACCAGAACAGCGACGACUUCGACCCUAUCCUUGCCAAGCUCCAGUUCAGGCCACGCGCCGGCUUGGGUGGGUUCCGCACAACCCGCGGCAUGGGCCCAGGUGGCUUUAACAGCGAUGCUGGCUCUGAGGCAUUUGACGCCGCGGACAAGGCUUUGGAGAACGCGCAAAGUCUCUGCGAGCGUGGCGCGCACCAAUCGCUCCGCGAUGGUGACUGCUGGACAGAGCUUGAAGGCGCCCGGAAGAGCUUUGACGAGGUCGUCAAGGUCGCCGAAGCCGAAGUUGCAAAGCAGAAGGAGAAGGCUGAGAAGGCGGCCGAUAAAGCCAGGCAACGUGAAGAGCAACGUCAAACGCAAAGCAAGCCCGACUUGAUGGACACCGACUCGAAGCUCAUGCCCGCUGCAGCACCAGUCUCAAUCAACGGCAUGAACGGGGGCUUCAAGACCGACACGAUCGAAGUCGACGACAACCCAUCUGACGACGAGGAAUUCAUAAUGCCAACACUUCCCCGAAACAUCCGUCUCACCUCACGCGGUUAA